AUGCGGCUAAAGGUUCUGGAAUUACUCAAGCAAUUUGAAAAGCUGUCAUUCACUACAGAUGUGUGGUCCGAGCCCAGCGCAAAUGUCUCGUUACUGAGCCUUACUGCUCAUGGCAUCACAAAUAAAUACGAAAGAAUUUCUAUAAUACUCAAGUGUGAACAAUUAGAGGGUCGUCAUACAGGUGAAAUAAUAGCGAAUAAUUUGCACAAUAUUUUGAAAGACUGGAACUUAAGCGCGGAAUCAGUUCAUUGUAUUUUACGCGACAGAGGUUCUAAUAUGAUAAAAGCUAUGAAUAUGGCUCAUUUCACUGAUGCUAACUGUACUAUUCAUCAACUACAAUUGUGUGUUCGAUCGGCAAUGGAAAGCGAAGAGUUUCUCUUGCCAGUGAUUGCAAAGUGCAAAAAAAUUGCGACUCACUUCAAUCAUUCUUUAAUUGCGCAAAAUGAAUUAAAACAUAUCCAAAUCGAAAGAUUGAACCAAUCAGAACUAAGUAUACUUCAGGAAUGUUCCACCCGUUGGAAUUCAACGUAUUAUAUGAUGUCAAGAAUAUUGAAAUUAAAAGAUUCAUUAGUACUGUAUUCAGGAAUGCAUGCUAUACCUAUUCUUACUGCUGAUGAAUGGCUCGACUUGAAAAAGUGUAUUACUGUACUAAUGCCGUUUGAAGAAAUUACAAAGGAGUUAAGCAGUGCUACUGCAACAAUAGCUUCAGUAAUUCCAUUAAUCUAUACUCUUAAAAAUACUUUAGAAACAGAGAAGAAUAAAGAAGACACUUCCGACAACUUUAAUUUAAUGAUCACAAAAAUGAUCCAGGACAUCAAUGUCAGAUUUCAGGACAUUCAAAAUAAUAAGUUAUAUACAAUAGCUACUUAUUUAGAUCCACGGUACAAGCUCAAAUUUUUUACCGAAAUUACUAAGGAACAGGUACAGUCCGAGAUUUUGGAAAUCUUAGGAUGUUCUAAAACUUCACAUGAUGAAGGUUCUUCUUCACCUAAAAUAGCACGCAAUGAGCUAGCAACAACAAGCUCAAGCCACCAAUCACACAUUCAAUCUUGUCUAGCUGAAAUAUUAAGCAUAAGUGAUGAGGAAGAGCACAAUAUAGAUUGUGCUGAUAAUGUGUACAAUCAAUUCAUUGUUAAAAAGACAUUACUAACUGAAUACAAUAGAGAGAAAAGACUGUCACUCAAUGAAGAUCCGCUUACAUGGUGGAGAAUUCAUACCAAGUACCAUAGCUUAAGUAAUUUACUAAGACAGUACCUCUCUCCGCCUGCUGGCAGUGUACCGAGUGAGCAGCUUUUCAGUGCUGCUGGAUUAAUUUAUGACCCCUUAAGGAAUCGACUUUCAGGUGAUAAGGCUGCAAAAUUGCUUUUUGUUAAAUAUAAUCUUCCUCUGCUCAGUUUCGACUAUAAGAACUAUGAUUAA